CAUGCUGAAAAAGAAGACUACUGGGACUCUGUACUCUGGAGUGAUGAGACCAAGAUAAAUGUUGUUGGAAAUAAUGGCUUCAAAACUGUAUGGCAUUACAAAGUUGAGGAGUACAAAGAAGAAUGCAUGGUGCCUCCAGUGGUGGAAGUGUUCUUCUGUGCAGCUGCAUGAGUGCUGCUGGUGUCAGGGAGCUGCAUUUUAUUGAUGGUAUCAUGAAUUCACAGAUAUACUGCUCUAUAUUGAAACAGAUGUUUUCCAAUAUGACAAUGAUCAGAAUUACACAUCUAUGGCCACUGUUGCAUUUCUGA